AUGGAAAGCCAGUAUAUCUCAGGAAUGAAGCUGUAUGCUCUGAUGGCAUCGCUAGUAUUAUGUUUCUUUCUAAUUACACUGGACAUAUCCAUUGUCGCAACUCUCCAAUCUAACGAGCACCAGUACACAUUCCUAGCAUACCUGGCAAUCUUCGAGCUUGGAUCCCUUCUUUGCGGUGUGGCCACUUCAUCUAAAAUGCUCACCAUCGGGAGAGCUGUCGCUGGCAUGGGAAGCUCUGGGAUCAUGAAUGGCGGCAUGACGAUAGGGUCUGCGUCUGUUCCAUUGCACAAACGACCAAAGUACUUUGGAAUCAUGAUGGGCGUGUCCAAGAUGGGGAUUAUAUGUGGACCACUGCUUGGUGGUGCUUUUACAUCGUAUGCCACAUGGAGAUGGUGUUUCUAUAUCAAUAUCCCCCUUGGUGGCAUCGUUGCCAUCUUUCUAUGGUUUAUGGAAGUGCCUGAAACUGUCAAACCACGUACUUCUACAGUGCUGGAAAUCAUUCGAACCAAACUCGAUCUCAUUGGCUUCAUCCUCUUUGCCCCAGCAGCCAUCCAACUAUUCCUUGCUCUUGACUAUGGUGGGCAUCAGUAUGCAUGGAACAGCGCUGCGGUGAUCGGACUAUUCUGUGGUGCUGGGGCAACGGCUAUUUUCUUUGUGCUCUGGGAAUGGCGCCAGGGUGAUAAUGCCACGAUACCAUUUUCCAUCCUCAAGCUUCGCCCUGUUUGGUCAUCGUGUGUCGUGACGAUGCUAUUAUUCGGAUGUCUCCAGACGGCUACUUACUAUCUUCCGAUGUAUUUCCAGACUGUUAAACAGGCCUCCCCGAUGCUUAGCGGUGUGUAUACACUGCCGAAUAUCAUCAGCCACUUGAUAUCUGCUAUUUUGACUGGCAUAGGCAUCAGUCGAUUAGGCUACUACCUCCCCUUCAUGCUCGCCAGCGCUAUCCUAAUGUCAAUCUCCAACGGGCUCCUCUCGACGCUUUCCCCAACCACCUCAACAGGGAAAUGGAUAGGUUAUCAAAUCCUACUCGGCGUUGCAAACGGCCUCGGAACACAAGCACCAAUUAUAGCCGUCCAGAAUAGUAUUCCACCAUCUAUGAUACCUGCCGCAAUGGCCAUGAUAUCUUUCAGUCAAACCUUUGGCGGUUCUAUCUACCUAGCUAUCGACGAGACGAUCCUCACUACCAGACUCGCCAAUACUAUCCCCAAAUACGCCCCCGAUGCCGAUGCGGGAGCUGUUAUUUCAGCCGGUGCAUCGGCCUCAGAUAUACUGCAGGCUGUGGAUGAAGAUAGGGCAAACUUUGUGCAAGUUCUCAUCGCGUAUGCGAAGAGCAUAGAUUCCAUAUUUUAUUUGGCAACUGGCUCAUCUGCUUUGAUUUUAAUAGUCGCUUGGGGAAUGGGUAUGAAGAAUAUUCGAAGAGAUAAGAGUGAGAAGGGAGUGAACGAAGAGAGUAAUAUGUAA